AUGCAGGAAUGGGAGAGGGCCCUUCAGAAACAAGCUGAGCAGAAAGAGACGCACAUGAGAGAGGAAUAUGAAGAAAAAUUAAGGCAGCUCAAACAGACAAUGAAGAACGAGUUUGAGGACAAGUUUGAGAAGGGUAGACUCUUAAGAGAAGUGGACACGAUGCAACAACUUCGAAGAGAAAUGAAGGAGGUUCAGUCUCGCAAACUGGCAACACAGAAAGCCGAGCUGGAGGCGAGUUCGGCGGAGAGGGAGAAAGUUCUGGAUGACGCACUUCAAAAUGCCAGUAAAAAGCUCACAGAUAGCAGAGAAUACGGCCAACAGCUGGAGCAAAGGCUGGCUGAAGAGGUUGCCAUGAAGGAGAAGGCAGAACAGCAGUUUGAAAAGGAGAAAAAGCAAUAUGCUAAUCUCAGAGAUGAGCACAAACAACAACAAAAGGUGCUGCAAAGAAGCCUCUCCUUGCUGCGCUCCUUUGGCAGUAGUCUUACAGAUGUACGGGAUUUCCUGAUCACACUCGCAGGGACUUGGCAAACUUUCAGUUGUCAGUUCCAGCAGCAGAGCGCGCAGGUGGUGUCAGGGAUACGGCACGAUUUGGCACAUUCCGCUGGCGAAUUGCAGAAAAUGACACUGGAAAAAGAACGGCUAAGUUUGCAGCUGAUGGAGCAGAUGAGACAAAGCGAGGAGCAGUUGGCGCUACACAAGAACUCAGAGAUGGACUACAAAGCCACAGUCCUAAGGGUGAAAAGUGAAUUGGAGAGGACACAUGAGGAGUGGUUGUCAAGCCAACGGAGAUGUGACACAUUACAGGAGCUGUUAUCCACAUGGCAACAGAGACUAGAACAAACGAGUGGGAAGUACCACGCAGCUGAGGAGGAAGUGACUGGUCUGAAGGAGGCUUUGGAGAGGGCAGAGCGGGAUGCCAGAGAUGUGCGCCGAGACAGGGACAUGUUGACAGAAUCACACCAGAGAGCCUUGGACAAGCUGAAGGACGACUACCAAAAUAACUUAGCCUUAAAGCUGAAUGAAGCCCUGGAGAAGCAGCGUUUAGACCAUGUGGCCCAGCUUCAGCAGCAGAUGUCUGAGGUCCACCGGGAGACCAGGCUGGAGCUGCACAUCCACUCAGAGAAGAACCGCGCUCUACAUCUGCAGUAUCAGCGCGACUCAGCCCGGCUACAACAAAAGUUGGCUGAGCGGGAUCAGCAGGUAGAAAGGCUUCAGACAGAGCUGGAGGAGUAUAGAAGGAGCAGAGAGGAGGAAAGGAAGUCUGAGGAACACCAGAACAGGAGACAAGAGGAGAAGAUCCAAGAGGAGAGAGACAUGUGGAGACAGCAGCUGCAUCAGGCUCAGACCGAACUGCAAACCAUAACUAAGAGCAACCAACGGCUGGAACAAGAGGUGGCGGUCCUGGAGGAGACAGUGCGGAGAGAGUGUGAGGAGAGAGAGGAGCUAACCACAGCUUUGUCCCGCGCUCAGGAGCAGCUUGUAGCCCUCCACUCCCCUUCACCCCAUCACACCUCCAAGACCAGAGUACCCCUCAGUCGCUCCUCCACCCCUCCCAACACUCUGCGAUACUCCCCCCACACAGGCAGGGGGCAGGGCAGGGGUCCAGGAGCAGCCGUGUCCCGGGACAGUGGGGAGGGGAGGGGCAAAAAAGGGAGCCUGCCAAGCAUUGCAGAGGGCAGAACGGACGGAGUGAUGCAGAAGAUCGGUCUAGUGAUGAGAUUGAAUGAGAUGAAUAAAUAG